AUGACCUACCGUUUCCUCGGUAACUCUGGUCUUUUGGUCUCUCUUGGCGCUUGGAUGACCUGGGACGGCCGAUGCACCGACGCUGCUUGGUACGACAUCAUGACCCACGCGUUCAAGAACGGCGUCAACUACUACGACAACGCCGAGUGCUACAUCGGAGGCAAGUCCGAGGAGAUUGUGGGUCGCGCCAUUCAAAAGGGCGUCAAGGAAGGAGUCUGGUCGCGUGAAGACCUGGUCAUUUCGACCAAGAUCCACGUUGGCACCAAAACCGGUCCGAACGAUCAAGGACUGAGUCGCAAGCACAUCGUGGAGGGCCUCAAGGCCUCGCUCAAGCGCCUUCAGCUCGACUACGUCGACGUUGUCUUCUGUCACCGCCCCGACGACUUCACUCCCAUCGAGGAGACCGUCCGUGCCAUGAACUACGUGAUCGAGCAGGGCUGGGCCUUCUACUGGGGAACCAGCCAGUGGAUGCCUGCAGACAUCCACGAGGCGUGCGAGAUCGCCGACCGCUUGGGCCUGAUCCGUCCUGUGUAUGGGUUCCUGGACCUGUUCAAGAAGUACAAGCUGGGCUUGACGACGUACUCGCCGCUGGGCUACGGCGUGCUGUCUGGCAAGUACACGACCGGCUCGCCCGAGGGAUCUCGCUUUACGUUGGAGCUCUACAACAACAUGGUGCCCGACUUCCGUGAGCGUGUUGAGAAGACCUUCGAGCUGCAGAAGAUCGCGGACAAGCUGGGCUGCUCGCUCGCGCAGAUGUCGAUCGCAUGGUGCGUCUCGAACCCCAACGCGUCUACCGUGAUGAUCGGCGCACGCUCGAGGAACGAACUGGACGAGAACCUGGAGGCCAUUCGCUUCGUGGACAAGAUCACGCCGGAGAUCAAGGAUCGCAUCGACGCUGCUGUGGACUACAAGGUGUAG